AUGUGCUAUCAAGUUGUCGAGAGAUACUCCGUCUGUCGAUGCCUAUACCACCAACAUUCCAUCGACCCAUGCUCCGUAUAUGGCCAGCGUGGGCAUGCAGUGCAAGAGAAGACGGUCCUUGUUGGCUACGCCUGUAGCAUGCACAGUAGCCAUCGGCCGGAGGUCACCUAUAAUGCCGCGAAGGAGUUUGGAUCAUUUUACAUCUACGGCCCACGAUUCGAGGACCAAAUCAACAACGUCUUAAUGGUGGCCACUCGUGGGAGGAGUACUUUUGAAAGCAUCACUGGCUUCACCGUGGUCUGUUAG